GUCGACGUCGGAAGGAAGGUGACGCAGCUGAAGGAGUGACCCGGAAGUUGCGCAGGUCUGUCGUCUCGGAUGACGUCACUUCACUGAGCUGUUUAAGAUGGCGCUUCGGCCCGGAUCAGGGGGAGGUGGCAGUUUUAUGUACCCUGUAGGAGGGGGCAUUGGACCACCGCAAGGAAUGAUGCCCAUGCAGCAGCAACAGCAGCAGGGCUUCCCCAUGGUCCAAGUCAUGCAGCCCAACAUGCAAGGCAUGAUGGGAAUGAAUUUUGGAGCACAGAUGCCUGGUGCCAUGCCAAUGCAGGGUGGGAUGGCGAUGGGAAUGCAGACUCCCGGGAUGCAGUUCAUGGGUCAGCCUCAGUUCAUGGGGAUGAGGGGCCCGGGGCCACAGUUCCCUGCGGACCUACAGAAGCAGAUGGCAGAGGAGCAUCAAAAACGUCUGGAGCAGCAGCAGCGGAUGCUGGAGGAGGACCGGAAGAGAAGACAGUUUGAGGAGCAGAAACAGAAACUACGCCUACUGAGCAGCGUCAAACCCAAAACUGGGGAGAAGAGUCGUGACGAUGCCUUAGAGGCCAUCAAAGGAAAUCUAGAUGGGUUCAGCAGAGAUGCCAAGAUGCAUCCAACACCAUCUUCACAGUCUAAGAAACCAGACUCAUCGCCAUCUCAUUCUUCUGUCACCUCUCAUACCCUUCCUCCUGCUUUCCCUGAUGACGACGAUGAGUUUAGUGACUUUAUGCAGGGCCCCGUCGAUGCCUCCUCCUCAUUCCCCUCUUCAUCCCUCCCUCCAUCCUCCCCUUCACUGAGAGCCGCUCACAUUAGCCAGCCAUUAGAGACGGGGCCUGGCCAGCAUCCCCCUUCCUCCCCUCUCCCUCACUCUGUCCCUUCAUCUCUCCCUGUCUCACCUGCCAUCCAACACACUUCUGUCAUCUCCAGCUCCCAAUCUGCAUUCCAAGGCCCAUCUUUGGAGGAGAAGAUGUUCACAUCUUGCGAUUUGACAGCUGAUAAGAAGGCCCAGGUUAGUUUUAAGCCACGCCAGGGUCUGUCUGAGCUGAGUCCCAGAGUUCAGGUCACAGCUCAGUUUCACAGCAGCACCAGAGCCCGAAACUGGGCCCAAACUCAAGAUGACUUCAAUUCAGCCUUCAUCAGAGAGACGGCACCUGACCCUCUGCCUGCCACUCAGGUGCCCCCUGCAGCAGACAACCCGCUCGUCCAGCCCACUAGCACCAGCGGUGUGGGUGUCUACCCCCAACAAGACAUGCAACCCAUGGUGCCAGCCUGGUUGUACAAUGACUCGCUCAUCCCAGAGUUGUUCAAGAAGGUCCUUGACUUCACCAUGACACCAACAGGUAUUGACACAGCCAAACUCUACCCAAUUCUGAUAUCAUCGGGUCUGCCACGGGAAGCUCUCGGACAGAUCUGGGCCUUGGCCAACCGCACCACACCUGGCAAGCUGACCAAGGAAGAGCUGUACACCGUACUGGCUUUGAUUGGAGUCGCCCAGAGUGGUCUUACAGUCAUGAGUUUGGACAUCCUGAAUCAGUUCCCCUCUCCGCCUGUGCCCAAUCUACCCGCCAUGACUAUGGCUAUUCCUGCUGUCCUGCCUCAGCACCAGCAGCCCAUCAUGACCCAGCCACCCGUGUCCAUGGCCAUGCCGGUCGCCACGCCGCCUGUCAUGGCCAUGAGCCCAAACCCACCCACACAACCACCGGCCAGCUUCAUCACCAACUUCCCUCCUGUUCAGGCUACCAAGGCUGAUGAUGACGAUUUCCAGGACUUCCAGGAAGCCCCCAAAGCCGGCGCUGGAGAUGACUCAUUCACAGAUUUCCAAGGAGAAACAGGAGGAGCAUUUCCCAGCAUGACAUCAUCGUCCCAAAGCGGGUACGAGCGCAGCUUUUCAUGUGUUCCUGCCAUGCUAACUCCAGUGUCAGGGUCUUCAUCCUCCUCCUCUGAUAAAUACGCAGUGUUCAAACAGUUGUCAGUGGAGCAGCCUGCAGAGCCCACACCUCCGGUCUCAGAUUCAGGGGACAAAUACAGUGUUUUCCGAGAGCUUGAGCAUCCUUCAGACAGAAAACCAGUUGGGGAGGGAUUUGCUGAUUUCAAGUCUGUCAGUGCCGACGAUGGCUUCACAGACUUUAAAACAGCCGACACCGUCUCUCCACUAGACCCACCAGACCAGGCCAAGUUCCAGCCAACUUUUCCUCCUCCUUUCUCUUCUUCUCAGUCUCUGUCCCAUUCGCAGCCAACCUCUCUGGCUCAACCUAGAAAUCCUCUCAACAUGGCAGACCUGGACCUCUUCACAACAAUGGCUCCUCCUGCUCCCACUACCACUGUUGACUCCAAACUCAACCUGUUCCCUUCAGCGCCACCAUCCCUGGUAUUGUCCUCAGUUGCAAAACCUCCCAGCGUAGGGGGUGACGACUUUGGCGAUUUUGCUCUUUUUGGCUCCUCAACGUCCUCCGAAGUAGCUCCCACCACUUCUACAGUAGGGAGAGGAACUGGGACGACAGUUCAGGAUGACUUUGCUGACUUCAUGGCGUUUGGGAGCUCGAGAGAUCAGAGAAAUGAGACCAGCUCUGGAGACGGUGGUGGAGAGGCCCAGGCGGAGACGUCCCAGCCGAGGCAGCAAAUCGGCACUGACAAGUACGACGUCUUCAAGCAGCUUUCCCUAGAAGGUGGCCUGGCCUACGAUGAUAACAAAGAAAGCGGCGGGGGCUCCUUCUCGUCGCUCAAGAGCGACAACGACGACUUUGCAGAUUUCCAGUCCUCCAAAUUCUGUACGGCGCUGGGCGCGUCCGACAAGAGCCUGGUGGACAAAGUGGCCGCCUUCAAGCAGGCCAAAGAGGACUCUGCCUCCGUGAAAUCCCUGGACCUCCCGUCCAUUGGGGGCAGCAGCGUGGGGAAGGAGGAUUCGGAGGAUGCGCUCUCAGUACAGCUAGACAUGAAGUUGUCGGACAUUGGUGGAGACCUCAAGCAUGUGAUGUCUGAUAGCUCCCUAGAUCUCCCUGGUUUGUCGUCCCAUCAACCCCCAGCUGCAGAGUCUGAUGAUUUAAAAUUUGACCCCUUUGGCACAUCCGCCGUCAGCAGUCUUGGCAGCUACGACUGGUCUGACAAGGAAGAUCUCUCAUCUGGUCAAGGUAAGAAGCUCCAGGGAGGACUGCCAUCUUCAGCUGUCGUCCAGAGGAAAGAGACGUCUUUCGGGAGCUCGGAGAACAUCACCCACACCACAGUUGCCAAGGUGACCACAUUCCCAAUCGAAGAUGGUGGCUCCACCACCGAAAGCCGGUUUGAAGCCUUCGCUGACUUUGGCUCCAUUGAGCAGGCCGGUCAAGACGACGACGAUGACUUUGGCGACUUUGCCAGCACGGUUUCGGAGAAAUCUGACUCCCCUCCUGGAACCACAGAAGCAGAGGGCAACCAGGGUGAAUUGACGGAUGAAUUUGGAGCCUUCCAUGGUGACAAGCCCAAAUUUGGCAAGUCAGACUUCUUGAAAGCCAGCACACAGGCCAAAGUGAAAUCCAGUGAAGAGAUGAUCAAGAACGAGCUCGCCACCUUUGACUUGUCUGUGCAGGGAUCCCAUAAGCGCAGCCACAGUCUGGGAGAGAAAGAAAUUGUACGGUCCAUCCCCUCUCCUGCCCCUGAGCAGCCCUUCAGAGACCGAUCCAACACCCUAAAUGAAAAACCUGCACUGCCGAUCAUCCGCGACAAGUACAAGGACCUCACAGGAGAGGUGGAGGAGAGUGAGCGAUAUGCGUACGAAUGGCAGAGGUGUUUGGAGAGCGCUCUGCAGGUCAUCACCACUGCCAAUAACACUCUUAAUGGCAUCAGCAGCUCCACGGUGUGCACAGAGGUCAUCCAGUCAGCACAGGGGAUGGAGUACCUGCUGGGUGUGGUGGAGGUGUAUCGUGUGACCAAGCGUGUAGAGCUGGGUAUAAAAGCCACAGCCGUUUGUUCAGAGAAACUACAGGAUCUGCUUAAAGACAUCAGCCGUGUGUGGAACAACCUGAUGGGCUUCAUGUCGCUGGCAAACCUCACUCCUGAUGAGAGCUCACUGGACUUCUCCUCCUGUAUAUUGAGGCACGGCAUUAAGAAUGCCAAAGAGCUGGCGUGUGGAGUGUGUCUGCUCAACGUGGACUCGCGCAGCAAGAAGAAAGACGAGAACACUUUUGGACGCCUGUUUAAAAGAGCACUGACAAAAGACAGUCGCUCCAAAUUAAGGGCCUUUAACUCUGAGACGGACAACUUCAAGCUGAUGUACGGAGGUCACCAGUACCACGCCAGCUGCGCUAACUUCUGGAUCAACUGCGUGGAACCCAAACCGCCGGGUCUCAUCCUUCCCGACCUGCUCUAGAACCGAGCGCUGAACCCUGAGCCGCUGUCUGAAGCAUCAUGAACUCUUCAGUCACUUUAGCUGUUUAUCGCUGUUUGCCUUUGAACCGGUACAGCUCUCAUCACUUGAAUUUGGGACGCAACUGUCUAGAUCUGCCAUUGUUUGUUGGUAGAUCAGAUAAAUGAUGUACUACUGAAUAAUAGUUUAUUUAAAUAUUGUAAAUGUGUCUUUGUCUCUACCUUUUUUGGAUCUGGUUCUCUUCUGCACAAAAGCGGUCGGUUGAUUCUUUGCUGUUGAUUUCUCUACCAUGUGAAGUAAAUACUGCAGAGCUGUUCUGCAUGUUACGAAUAGCAGACUUGUAAUAUAAAAUCCGGAAAACAUUUGAACGCAUCAAGAAUUGUAGCAGAUAUUACUUACAAGAGAGAAACAUUUAGACAUUGGUAUCGUUUUCUGUAUGGUUGUGCUGGAACACAAGUCACUUUUGUAGUGGGUCUGGAAAUGCUUGCGAUUUUCUGAGAUGUUCAUAAACGCUGUGAUAUUCUGGAUUCAUAUGCGACUCUUUUGAAGGACUUUGUUGUGUGAAACUUUGAAGGAAAUUCAAAAGUCUGGGGAUGUAAGAAGUGAAAAGCAAAGCCUUUUCAUUUUUUUCCAACCCAAGCAGUUAUAAGAACUACGUAAACUUUAAUUAUGAAUUAAUUUCUUUGCAUUGAUGCACUUGUAUUGAAUCAACCGAGAUUAAACGGCUUUGUAAAACA